CGCGGGCCGGGGGCGGCGGGGCUCCAGCCGGGGCCAAUCGCCGCGCCGGGUCCGCGGUGACCGCACCGCCCGGGCGAUGCCCGCGGGGACGCCGCCGGCAGCCGGAGCGAGGUGCUGCCAGCCGCUACCAUGACCGAGGGCGUGCAGGCGGCCGACGAGGUCCGCGUGCCCCUGGGCGCGCCAGCCCCGGGCCCGGCGGCGGCGGCGGCGUCCCCGGCGAGCCCUGGGGCCCCGGGGCCAGAGGCGGAGCGGGGGUCGGGGCCCAGUGCGUCGCCCCCCGAGAGUCCGGCGGCCGAGCGCGGCGCGGAGCUGGGCGCCGACGAGGAGCAGCCCGUCCCGUACCCGGCGCUGGCGGCCACCGUCUUCUUCUGUCUCGGGCAGACCACGCGGCCGCGCAGCUGGUGUCUCCGGCUGGUCUGUAACCCGUGGUUCGAGCACGUCAGCAUGCUGGUCAUCAUGCUCAACUGCGUGACCCUGGGCAUGUUCCGGCCCUGCGAGGACGUCGAGUGCCGCUCGGAGCGCUGUGGCAUCCUGGAGGCCUUUGACGACUUCAUCUUCGCCUUCUUCGCGGUGGAGAUGGUCAUCAAGAUGAUCGCCCUGGGGCUGUUUGGGCAGAAGUGCUACCUGGGUGACACGUGGAACAGGCUGGACUUCUUCAUCGUCAUGGCGGGUAUGAUGGAGUACUCCUUGGACGGACACAACGUGAGCCUCUCGGCCAUCCGAACCGUGCGCGUGCUGCGGCCCCUUCGUGCCAUUAACCGUGUGCCCAGCAUGCGGAUCCUGGUCACGCUGCUGCUGGACACACUGCCCAUGCUCGGCAACGUUCUCCUGCUCUGCUUCUUUGUCUUCUUCAUCUUCGGCAUCGUGGGCGUCCAGCUUUGGGCCGGCCUGCUGCGCAACCGCUGCUUCCUGGACAGCACCUUCGCCAGGAACAGCAACCUCAGUUUCCUGCGGCCGUACUACCAGCCGGAGGAGGGCGAGGAAAACCCAUUCAUCUGCUCCUCCCGCCGGGACAACGGCAUGCAGAAGUGCUCGCACAUCCCCAGCCGCCGCGAGCUGCGCGUGGAGUGCACGCUGGGCUGGGAGGCCUACGGGCAGCCGCAGGCCGAGGGCGCAGGUGGCACGGGUCACCACACCUGCAUCAACUGGAACCAGUACUACAACGUGUGCCGCUCGGGCGACUCCAACCCGCACAACGGGGCCAUCAGCUUCGACAACAUCGGCUACGCCUGGAUCGCCAUCUUCCAGGUGAUCACGCUGGAGGGCUGGGUGGACAUCAUGUACUACGUCAUGGAUGCCCACUCCUUCUACAACUUCAUCUACUUCAUCUUGCUUAUCAUCGUGGGCUCCUUCUUCAUGAUCAACCUGUGCCUGGUGGUCAUCGCCACGCAGUUCUCAGAGACGAAGCAGCGGGAGAACCAGCUGAUGCGGGAGCAGCGGGCCCGUUACCUGUCCAAUGACAGCACGCUAGCCAGCUUCUCUGAGCCGGGCAGCUGCUAUGAGGAGCUCCUCCGGUACGUGGGCCACGUGUGCCGCAAGCUAAAGCGCCGUGGCCUCCGCCUCUACGCCCGCUGGCAGAGUCGCUGGCGCAAGAAGGUGGACCCCGGUGGCGCCGUGCAUGGCCAGGGCUCAGGCCGGCGGCCGCGGCGGGCAGGCGGGCGCACCGCCUCCAUCCACCACCUCGUGUACCACCACCACCACCAUCACCACCACCACUACCACUUCAGCCACGGCAGCCCCCGCCGGCCAGGCCCCGAGCCAGGAGCCGGCGACACCAGGCUGGUGCGGGCCGGAGCGCCAGCCUCGCCCGGGCGCGGGCCCCCUGACGCCGAGUCGGUGCACAGUGUGUACCACGCUGACUGCCACGUGGAGGGGCCGCAGGAGAGGGCGCGCGUGGCGCACGCCGCAGCCACUGCUGCUGCUGGGCUCAAGCUGGCCGCCGGGCUGGGAGCCAUGAACUACCCCACCAUCCUGCCCUCAGCUGCGGGCAGUGGCAAAAGCGGCCUCGGGCCCAAGGGGAAGCGGCCUGGUGGCCCCCCGGGAGCCGGGGGGCACAGCCCCCUGAGGCUGAGCAGCCCGGAUCCCUGCGAGAAGAUCCAGCACCUGGUUGGGGAGCAUGGACUGGGCCAGGCCCCCAGCCGCCUGUCAGGCCUGAGUGUGCCCUGCCCCCUGCCCAGCCCCCAGGCGGGCACGUUGACCUGUGAGCUGAGCAGCUGCCCGUACUGCACCAGUGCCCUGGAGGACCCCGAGCUGGAGUUCAGCGACUCAGACAGUGGAGACUCAGACAGCAAUGGGGUCUACGAGUUCACGCAGGACGUGCGGCACGGGGACCACCGCGACCCCAUGCAGUCGCCCCCUGUGGCAGAGGCACCAGGCGCAGGCGGCACACGGCGGAGGGGGCCGCGGCGGGCAGUGGCAGGCGAGCAGGGUGGGCUGGGCCGCGUCUGGGCCUCCUUCAGCGGCAAGCUGCGCCGCAUCGUGGACAGCAAGUACUUCAACCGGGGCAUCAUGGUGGCCAUCCUCACCAACACGCUGAGCAUGGGUGUCGAGUACCACGAGCAGCCCGAUGAGCUGACCAACGCCCUGGAGAUCAGCAACAUUGUGUUCACAAGCGUGUUUGCUCUGGAGAUGCUGUUGAAGCUGCUGGCCUGCGGCCCACUGGGCUACAUCCGGAACCCCUACAACAUCUUUGACGGCAUCAUCGUGGUCAUCAGCGUGUGGGAGAUCAUCGGGCAGGCGGACGGCGGGCUAUCGGUGCUGCGCACCUUCCGGCUGCUGCGGGUGCUCAAGCUGGUGCGCUUCAUGCCCGCGCUGCGGCGCCAGCUGGUGGUGCUCAUGAAGACCAUGGACAACGUGGCCACCUUCUGCAUGCUGCUCAUGCUUUUCAUCUUCAUCUUCAGCAUCCUUGGCAUGCAUCUCUUCGGCUGCAAAUUCAGUCUGAAAACAGAUACCGGAGACACAAUCCCUGACCGGAAGAACUUUGAUUCCCUACUGUGGGCCAUCGUCACCGUGUUCCAGCCAGGACCCUGUCCUGGUGCCCCCUCGGCCCACACGUUGGGCCCACUCUGCCCGCCGCUCCUCCCCCAGAUCCUCACCCAGGAGGACUGGAACGUCGUCCUGUACAACGGCAUGGCCUCCACAUCCUCCUGGGCCGCCCUGUACUUCGUGGCCCUCAUGACCUUUGGCAACUAUGUGCUCUUCAACCUGCUGGUGGCCAUCCUGGUGGAGGGUUUCCAGGCCGAGGGCGAUGCCACCAGGUCCGACACAGAUGAAGACAAGACAUCCACCCACUUGGAGGAGGACUUGGACAAGUUCCGAGACCUCAGGGCUACAGAGAUGAAGAUGUACUCGCUGGCAGUGACACCCAACGGGCACCUGGAGGGCCGGGGCAGCCUGCCCCCUCCCCUUAUCAUGCGCACGGCGGCCACGCCCAUGCCCACCCCCAAGAGCUCCCCACACCUGGACGCGGCCCCUGGCCCCCUGGACUCACGCCGUGGCAGCAGCAGCUCCAUGGACCCUCAGCUAGGAGACCAGAAAUCUCUGUCCAGCCUCCGCAGCUCGCCCUGCUCCCCCUGGGGGCCCAACAGUGCCUGGAGCAGCGGGCGCUCCAGCUGGAACAGCCUGGGCCGUGCACCCAGCCUCAAGCGCAGGAGCCAGUGUGGGGAGCGCGAGUCGCUGCUGUCCGGUGAGGGCAGGGGCAGCGGCAGCACUGACGAGGAGGCCGAGGAUGGCCGGCCCGGGGCGGGGGCCUCGCCGGGUGCGCGUGCCACGCCGCUGCGGCGCACCGAGUCCCUGGACCACCGUAGCACACUGGACCUGCGGCCCCCACGGCCGGCCACCCUGCUGCCCACCAAGGUCCACGACUGCAACGGGCAGGUGCUGGCCCUGCCGAGCGAGUUCUUCCUGCGCAUCGACAGCCACAAGGAGGAUCCGGCCGAGUUUGAUGACGAUGUGGAGGACAGCUGCUGCUCACGGCUGCAGAAGGUGCUGGAGCCGCACAAGCCGGAGUGCUGCCGGAGCCGCGAGCCCUGGGCCCUGUACCUCUUCUCCCCGCAGAACAGGUUCCGCAUCUCCUGCCAAAAGAUCAUUGCUCACAAGAUGUUCGAUCACGUCGUCCUCGUCUUCAUCUUCCUCAACUGCAUCACCAUCGCCCUGGAGAGGCCCGACAUCGACCCUGGCAGCACUGAGCGGGUCUUCCUCAGCGUCUCCAACUACAUCUUCACAGCGAUCUUCGUGGCGGAGAUGAUGGUGAAGGUGGUGGCCCUGGGCCUCAUCUCGGGCGAGCAUGCCUACCUGCAGAGCAGCUGGAACAUACUGGAUGGGGUGCUGGUCCUGGUGUCCCUGGUGGACAUCAUCGUGGCCAUGGCCUCGGCUGGCGGCGCCAAGAUCCUGGGCAUCCUGCGUGUGCUGCGCCUGCUGCGGACCCUGCGGCCGCUGAGGGUCAUCAGCCGUGCGCCGGGACUCAAGCUGGUGGUGGAGACUCUGAUAUCGUCCCUCAGGCCCAUCGGGAACAUCGUCCUCAUCUGCUGCGCCUUCUUCAUCAUCUUCGGCAUCCUCGGGGUGCAGCUCUUCAAGGGGAAGUUUUACUACUGCGAGGGCACCGACACCAGGAACAUUUCCACUAAGGCCGAGUGCAGGGCCGCGCACUACCGCUGGGUGCGACGCAAGUACAACUUCGACAACCUGGGCCAGGCGCUGAUGUCGCUGUUCGUGCUCUCGUCCAAGGACGGCUGGGUGAAUAUCAUGUACGACGGGCUGGACGCCGUGGGCGUGGACCAGCAGCCCGUGCCCAACCACAACCCCUGGAUGCUGCUCUACUUCAUCUCCUUCCUGCUCAUCGUCAGCUUCUUCGUGCUCAACAUGUUCGUGGGUGUCGUGGUGGAGAACUUCCACAAGUGCCGGCAGCACCAGGAGGCCGAGGAGGCGCGGCGGCGCGAGGAAAAGCGGCAGCGUCGCCUGGAGAGGAAGCGCAGGAGCACUUUCCCCAACCCAGAGGCCCAGCGACGGCCCUACUAUGCGGACUACUCGCCCACCCGCCGCUCCAUCCACACUCUGUGCACCAGCCACUACCUGGACCUCUUCAUCACCUUCAUCAUUGGCGUCAACGUCAUCACCAUGUCCAUGGAGCACUACAACCAGCCCAAGGCUCUGGACGAGGCCCUCAAGUACUGCAAUUACGUGUUCACCAUCGUCUUUGUCGUCGAGGCCGUGCUGAAGCUGGUGGCCUUUGGGUUCCGGAGGUUCUUCAAGGACAGGUGGAACCAGCUGGACCUGGCCAUCGUUCUGCUGUCCAUUAUGGGCAUCACGUUGGAGGAGAUCGAGAUGAACGCAGCGCUGCCCAUCAACCCCACCAUCAUCCGAAUCAUGCGUGUCCUCCGCAUCGCCCGCGUCCUGAAGCUGCUCAAGAUGGCCACGGGCAUGCGGGCCCUGCUGGACACGGUGGUCCAGGCGCUGCCCCAGGUAGGGAACCUCGGCCUGCUUUUCAUGCUCCUGUUUUUUAUCUAUGCUGCCCUGGGAGUGGAGCUGUUCGGGAGGCUAGAAUGCAGUGAGGACAACCCCUGCGAGGGCCUGAGCAGACACGCCACCUUCUCUAACUUCGGCAUGGCCUUCCUCACGCUGUUCCGCGUGUCCACCGGGGACAACUGGAACGGGAUCAUGAAGGACACGCUGCGCGAGUGCGCCCGCGAGGACAAGCACUGCCUCACCUACCUGCCGGCCAUCUCGCCCAUCUACUUCGUCACCUUCGUGCUGGUGGCCCAGUUCGUGCUUGUCAACGUGGUGGUGGCCGUGCUCAUGAAGCACCUGGAGGAGAGCAACAAGGAGGCCCGCGAGGACGCCGAGCUGGACGCAGAGCUUGAGAUGGAAAUGGCGCAGGGGUCCCCCGCCCGUCCCAGGCCGGCUGCCCCUCACAGCCCCGGCGCCUCGCCGGACUCCCCCAACGUGCUGGUAGUGCGCAAGGUGUCGGUGUCCAGGAUGCUAUCCCUGCCCAACGACAGCUACAUGUUCCGGCCCGUGGCGCCUGCGGCAGCCGCUCACCCCCACCCACUACAGGAGGUGGAGAUGGAGACCUACGCGGGCGCGGCCGCGGGCCAGGUCACCGCUGCCCACUCGCCGCCUGUGGAGUCCUGCGCCUCCCUCCAGGUUCCGUCCGCCGUGUCCUCCCCGUCCAGGGUCGGUGACACCCUCCGUGCCCUGCCCUCGCAGGGUGCAGCCCGGUCGCCUAGUGUCGGCCGGCUUCUCUGCAGACAGGAGGCCAUCCACACGGAGUCCCUGGAAGGGCAUGUCGAUGGCACUGGGGACAGCAGCCCAUUCUGGGGAGAGCCUGGCGGGAAGACCCCCGUGAGACAGGCAUCCCUGGGGCCCUCCUUGCGGUCCCCACCCCGGUCCCCGCGGCCCUCCAGCAUCCGCACCCGCAAGCACACUUCUGGACAGCACUGCAUCUCCAGCCGGCCUCCUGCCCCAGGCGGGGAGGAGUCCGAAGCCCCAGACCCGGCUGACGAGGAGGUCAGCCACAUCACCAGCUCUGCCCGCAGCCCUUUGGCCUCGCCCACUGCCUGUGGGAUCGUGGGCGGCGAGCCAGACCUGCACAGGCUCUACAGCGUGGACACCCGGGGCUUCCUGGACCAGCCGGGCCGGGUGGAUGAGCAGAGGCGGCCCUUGGGGGAGCCAGGAGUUGGGGACAGCCGUCCAGAGGCCGGGGAGGUGAAGCCCCGGGUCCUGGAGGCCGAGCUGGCCCUGGGGGCCCGCAGGAAGAAGAAGAUGAGCCCCCCCUGCAUCUCCAUAGAGCCCCCCGCGGAGGACGAGGGUGCAGCCAGGGCCCCUGCGGCAGAGGGCGGCAGCACCACCCUGCGGCGGCGAACCCCGUCCUGCGAGGCUGUGCCCCACAGAGACCCCCUGGAGCCCACAGACGGCUCAGGGCUGGACGCUGCUGCCAAGGGGGAGCGGCGGGGCCAGGGCCCCUGCCGCACAGAACACCUGACGGUCCCGAACUUCACCUUUGAGCCGCUGGACGUGGGGAGCCCCAGUGGGGACCUGUUCACAGAUGGGGGCCAUGGGGCCGCCCCAGAACCCAGACCCUCCUCCUCAGGCACCACGGCCCCUCCAGAACCCCGGGAGAUGGAGUCCCCAGUGCCCUCAGGAGACCCCCCAGAGGAGGGGCGGGGGGUGCACCUCACCGUCCCGGAGAGCCCACCGAAGAGAGCAUCCCCCCCGGCUGUGCCAGUCCCGGGUGACACCGUGGAUGAGCCCGUGUAGCUUGGGUGCAGUGCCCACAGGCUUUGGCACGGGGGUUGGGGUGCACCCAGCAGGGUGGCGGCCAGGACAGAGCUGUGUGUGGAUCCUGGCUCGGGUCCCCCGAGGGCAGAGGAGCCAGAAGGAUGUCAGCACAGGGAAGGGGAGGCCCAUGCCGUUCUGGGCACGUGGAGCAGCGGAGGCCACAGCCGGAGGCCUCCGUCCUGUCGAUUCAGGUUUGGGGUUUCCCAGUGUGCCGAGGUGGUCCCAGGCCGUGUUGGCGGCCCGCCCAGGAGUCCCAGGGACAAGGACCAGAAACGGACCAGGAGGAGGAAGGCAGAGGCCGCCCGGCAGAGCCCCAUCCUCACGUCCUCUUCUUUUUAUAGGGAACACGCUUGGGGCCGCUCGCGCCCUCUGGUGGCGGCUUCCUGCCAAAGGCCGCCGUGGCCACGCUUUCCGUCAUUCACAGUCUCGAGUUCUCAUCCAUGUCUCCACCACUCAUCGCUAUCUCAUCUCCCUUCCACACCCACUCCCCGCCGUUCCAACCCCUCAGGAUUCCAGAGAGCACCUUGACUCUGGUCCCUGGGAAAUGACCGGUCGCCAGGGAGUGGGGACCGUGCAAUAAGACCCCCACUGCCCGUGGGGCCUGGUUCAAGACUUUGAGCUGAUGGCCCCAUCGUUUCACUUUCUUUUAUAAAUUCAGGUUAAACGUUUGCAAUAAUCCGAUGUGGAAAACUCGGCUUCUCAAGUCAAGGGGAGGGGAGGGGGGUUGCAAAGCAGAGCAGAAUAAAUAUUAACUUAUUUAAGAAACA